AUGGCCGAAUCGAAGAUAUCUCCUCACAAUCUCAACGAGCUCAAAAACACGACCGACGAUGCUCUUGGGAACUAUCUUCGAUCCCUCAAGUUCUCCCAAAGCAACUCGAAACUCGAUGUACGAUUAGCCAUAGGCUACACCUCUGUUAUCAUAGCGGCAGCGACCUUCGCAGCAGACUAUAAGUUAGGCUGGGAAGCAACGAAGACGUGGACGGCUGUAGCUGUAGUUGCGUAUGCCAUACUGAACGGAGCGUUCACAUAUUGGAUGUGGGCCGUGGAGAAGGGUUUGAUAUUCGAGGGCACGAAUGCUCAAGGCGGAAGGCUCUCGAUAAGCUCCAAGACGAAUAAGCACGACCCGACAUACUACCUCACCAUCUCCUCAACCUCACCUGGCUCCUCCUCUCCCUCGACAUGGCAUAUCAAGAACCCUUUCACAACAUGGUUCACAGCAGAUGGUUUCUUCGUGGCUAAGCCCUUUCAGCAGUGGCUGGCAAGCAGUAUUGAGAUGAUUGGCGAUGCGGACAUGAAGAAUGCUUUGAGGGACGAGAGGGAUGAGUUAGCGGCACCUACGCCGGAGGUUGAGAUCAUUGGUGACGGGAGUGGGAAUGGCACUGUUGAGGCGAGUGGUGUGGAUGCCAAGUCUAAAGGCUCGAAAAGAGGGAAGAAGAAGGCAUGA